GGAUAAUGCCAUACCCGGAACUUUACCACCCCAGCUUCGUUAAACCGGAAGAAGUUGAUGGUGGCCGGCGAGGUCCAAACCUCCUUUGUAUUCCCUCUGUUUCGCUUUCUCCGCCUCCUCCGCGGAAGCAGAGCGGCAAACUCAAACUUAACAGGACCCGGAAGUCUUUGAAGCUAAUAUCUCGGGCCGGGCCUGUUGUGUUUUAUUUUUUCGCACACCGGCCAGGGCAGCGGUUCAGCAUGAGCCAGAUUUUGUUCCAGCAACUCGUCCCGUUGCAGGUGAAAUGCAGAGACUGCGAGGAGAGGAGAGUGAGUAUUAGACUGAGCAUUGAACUACAAUCAGUUUCUAACCCCGUUCACAGAAAGGAUUUAGUUAUCCGUCUGACUGAUGACGCGGAUCCAUUUUUUCUGUAUAACCUUGUUAUUUCAGAGGAAGAUUUUCAGAGUUUAAAAUUCCAGCAAGGUCUUCUGGUAGACUUCUUAGCUUUCCCACAAAAAUUCAUAGAUCUCCUCCAGCAGUGUACUCAAGAAUAUGCGAAAGAAAUUCCAAGGUUUUUGCUGCAGUUAGUUUCUACAGAAGCUAUUUUGGAUAACUCACCUGCUCUUUUAAAUGUGGUAGAGACAAAUCCUUUUAAGCAUCUGACACACCUCUCACUAAAACUUUUACCUGGAAAUGAUGUGGAAAUAAAGAAGUUUCUAGCAGACUGUUUGAAAUGUAGUAAGGAAGAAAAAUUAUCAUUAACACAAUCACUGGAUGAUGUUACGAGGCAACUGAAUUUCACCCAAAAGACAUUAUCAGAAAAGAUCCAAGAAUUAGAUAAGUUACGGAAUGAAUGGGCGUCGCACACAGCAACAUUGUCAAAUAAGCAUUCUCAGGAACUAACGAAUGAGAAGGAAAAAGCUUUGCAGGCCCAGGUUCAAUACCAACAGCAACAUGAACAACAGAAAAAAGAUUUAGAAAUCCUUCAUCAACGGAACAUCCAGCAGCUACAGAACAGAUUGUCUGAGUUAGAAACGGCUAAUAAAGACCUCACUGAAAGGAAAUAUAAAGGAGACUCCACCAUCAGAGAACUUAAAGCAAAGCUGUCUGGUGUUGAAGAGGUAUCAAAUCUUGGAGUUGGUUCCCCUCCCCGCCCCAGUUUAAAAGCAAGGUCUAAUUUGGAGCUCCAGCGGGCUAAGCAAGAAGUCCUCUCUUUGAGAAGAGAAAAUUCUACACUUGAUGCUGAAUGCCAUGAAAAAGAAAAGCAUAUUAAUCAGCUGCAAACAAAAGUGGCUGUUUUAGAACAGGAAAUCAAGGAUAAGGACCAGCUUGUUUUAAGAACAAAAGAAGCGUUUGAUACAAUCCAGGAACAAAAGGUGGCUCUGGAAGAAAAUGGUGAGAAAAAUCAGGUACAACUAGGAAAACUUGAAGCUACAAUAAAAUCAUUAUCAGCUGAACUUCUUAAGGCAAAUGAAAUUAUCAAAAAACUGCAAGGGGAUCUGAAGACUUUAAUGGGUAAGUUGAAAUUGAAGAAUACAGUAACUAUUCAGCAAGAGAAACUCUUGGCUGAAAAGGAAGAAAAAUUACAAAAGGAACAAAAAGAAUUACAAGAUGUUGGACAAUCUCUCCGAAUUAAAGAACAAGAGGUAUGCAAAUUACAAGAACAAUUAGAAGCUACAGUUCAAAAACUUGAAGAAAGCAAACAACUUCUAAAAAAUAAUGAAAAGUUAAUCACAUGGUUAAAUAAAGAAUUAAAUGAAAAUCAGCUAGUGAGAAAGCAAGAUGUAUUGGGACCUUCUACCACUCCACCUGUACAUACCAGUAGCAAUACCAUCAGAAGUGGGAUUUCUCCUACCUCUAAUGUGGUUGAGGGUAGACUGACUUACCCAGCUUGUGGGAUUGGUUAUCCUGUCUCCUCUGCGUUUGCAUUCCAGAAUACCUUUUCUCAUCCUAUAUCUGCCAAAAAUACCAUCCACCCAGUUUCAGGACCAAAGGUUCAGUUUAACUUGCAGUUUACAAAACCAAAUCCAUCACUAGGAGAUGUUCAGUCAGGAACAACUAUUAGUAUGCCCUGCUCAACUGAUAAGGAAAAUGGUGAAAAUUUAGGACUGGAAUCCAAAUAUCUGAAGAAAAGGGAAGAUAGCAUUCCUUUGCGUGGACUCAGCCAAAAUCUAUUUAAUAAUCCAGACCAUCAGAAAGAUGGCACUUUAGGAGCAUUACAGACAUCUUCAAAACCCACAGUGCUCCCUUCUGCAUCUUCAGCUUACUUUCCCGGGCAGCUACAGAACAGUUAAUCCUAGUGUCGUUUUUUUUUUUUUUGAAAUUUUAGAAAUUGACAUGGCUUAAAAAUAUGGUAACAGCAUAUAGCUCAAAUUCUGAACACGCAGGUUUCAGGGUUUACUUGAGUUACUGCUGUAUUAGAUUGGAUCCUUUACUGCCAUCAUUUAUGCAGUUUAGAGGAGCAAAUCUGUACUUGGAAAUUGGUGAAGAUUCUGAACAAAUGACACUUUUUAGUUUGGAAUGUAGUGUUUUAUAGAGUAAUAUGAAUUUUAUUAAACUAAUCCUUAGAAAUUCUCAGAAGUUCUAAGGAAAGAAUUGAUCCUUGUAAGAGAGAGCCUGAUCAUUCAGUAUCUUAGUUCAUUAAAACCUGCUCAGAUAUAUUAAUAUUUUAAUGAAGCCAAAGAAUGCUAUCAGUUCACUUUAUCAUUUUCAUCAGUACAAUAAAAUUUUAAAUUUGCCACCUGAGAAUUAUGAGGGAAAAUGAUUAUCUCUUGAGAUAUUAUUAUUGAUGAUAUUUAAAGGGAAAAAUCCUGAAAUUACCUUAAAUGAAUGAAAUUCUUCAUAGCAAGUAAAUAUUUUCCUUGAACCCUUUAAAUUAUCUUUUGAGUAAGUCUGUAAUUUUAAUAAAUUAUACAAACAAUUUUGGACAGUCUAAUUACAUGACCAGAUUAGGUACAAAGUGCUUUAGUCAUUUGAGCCAGUUAAUAGGAUUUUAAUGCUUCCUGGAAGCCUGUAGUCAUCCAGUUGUUCUCUUUCAUUUGAAGUUUUGUUAUUCACUUAAAUCUGUAUUAGUGGAAUAUUGUUUUAAAAAUUAGUACUUAUACAAAAUAUUUACAAGAGCAUAAUGAAUAUUAAUUUUUAUAAUAUCAAAAUAGGUUCAUUUUCAUGUUGGCUUAGUAAAGUAGGCAGGGUGAAUAAUUUUAGAAGUGACAGCUUUCUUUUCUUCCCUAUAAUUAAAAGUUUCAAGUAAGAAUUUGUUCCUUGGAAAAAAUGAGGUGAUUUAAAAAAAACUUAUCACAAUCACAGGGCUCCAUUUUGUUUUCUUAACAGCCAUCCAGUAGAGUAGCAUUCUCUUAAGAAACCUCUAAAGCAUUUUUUGUUUAUAGAUUGUUAAUACUCUUGUGAUACUUUUUCAAAAUAUUUUCAAGAAUGUUAUUACACAGAUGAGGAAAAGAGACAUUUCAGGAUAUUGACAACCCACCAAUGUUAUUAGCCUCCAUAGUAAAAUAGAGAAUCUUUGCUAAUUCUUUGGUGAAGCCACAAUAUUGAGUCUUUUCACACUUUGAAACUGCUGGGAAUUGCAAACUGUCUUAAAAUAGGGAUCUAUUGUAAAAAAAAAAGCUUAGUAACCAUUAUUAGUUUUUAUACAGUUUUUUGGUGUGUGUCAUUUAGAUAUACUAUAUUAGUAAGAAUACUCAGUUACAGUAACUUGAAAACACUAAUCAUCUGGAAAGCAACUUCUCGGCAAUAUUGGACUCUUCCUUGUAAAUACUGUGUAAUAUAAAAUGUUGUGACAAGGGUUUGGAUAGGAUAUAUGACAUAAGGAUACAACAGCUAGGAUAGAGAUCAUUUUGAUGUCAACUUCCUAAAGACUUUUUGGUAUUAAAUACAGACUUCUGAGUGCUAAUUAUUUUCUCUACCUCUUAAACUUUUAUUUGAAAUUGUUCUGCUGUGUACAAUUGUACAUGUGUUAAUAAUCAAAAUAUUGCAUUUAAUGUAUUUCUGUAAACUGAGCUUUGUUUUAAUAAAGUAUUAAUAUUUUGGGAA